ACGAGCUCGAAGGCAACAUAUUACAUUGCGUCUUGUGGAGGCACUUACUGAAGGAAAAUGGCUGUGGUGUGCUGCUUUUGGUUGUCUAAUUCGGACUCAUUGUACUCGCAUCAACAAGGAUCUCCUUAUUUACUGGUUUGAAGCCAUCUGUACAAACUUUCAAAGACUUGUGGAGGAUGCUAGUAUGAGACGUUCUUAUGAUGGUCUAUUAUGGACUUUGAGGAGUUUGCAAGAGCUAUCUUCUGGUUUGUUACUUCCAACUGCAACUAUCGACACAUCAAAGUCAACUGCAUCCUCAAGUGAGCUAGAUCGUGGUUGGCAAUUAAUCUGGAGUUCUUUGAUCCACGGACUAGCAACAUUCAGCAGCAUGACCGUAAUUGUUGAUGCUGUCUUGGUGCUCCUUGGAUCAAUUAUUUCAAAUAACCACAUAAACGUGGGGAUUCUACCUCAAGAAGUGUGGGAUCACCAAUUAUUCAGACACAUACCCUCUGAGCCGGCCUUGUACUUCAUUGCAUGUUACUUUUCACGUAUGGGUUGCCAGGGAAACCUGCAAGAUGAUCUACAUCUACGACGCAAUCUCCUUAGAGCAGUUUGUGGCCCCCUUAGCUUGAAGGGUCCAUUGGCACUGAAUGAGCGAAUGAUUCGCCUUCUACCAGCAGCUGCUUUAGCCCUAUGUGCUGGUUUCACAACGACACUUCCAUUACCUAAGGAACAUCUCCCAACACCACCUAGUUGGGAUGCCUGUGAAGUGGUGAAUGAUGUGAAGAUGGAUGAUGCUGAACAAGAAAGAAAAUUUGGACUGUUUGAAUGCUCUGUAGAGGUUCUAACAAGAGUUUACUCGAAUUCUAUCAAGAUCUCUAGUUACCGAGUUCCUGAUGGAGUACAACUACCUCUAGUACUAAGAGAUCCAUUGCUUAAUGACAUGGAAAUUUAUUUUCUUAGCAUUAUCCCAGAGGACAGUGAGAAAGGACCACUUUCUGACAUAUUUAUGGGAUGUUCUCUGCUGUGUCAUUUUAUGCAUGGUUCUUAUACGACGAG